UAAAGGUUCAUCUGGAACAAUGAAGAUUUUUAGACCUAUAUGUUUUCUUGUUUUCUUCAGCUACGUUCAAUGUCAAACUCUUCAGAGAAGUUUACUAGCUACAGCCUUGCGCCACAUUAAUAGCCAGAAUUAUCUGCAGGAGAACUUAAGAGACAUCACCAGCAUUAUGGUUGCUCAGUUUCUUCAGAAGUUAACUUAUGAAGAAGUACAAACCAUAGUUGAAGAGUUGGUAGAUCUAACAGACAAGUGCAAGAUUCUCAAGCCACAUGAAUCACCGUCAGAAUGCGCUCACCAAUUGAUGACUACUUUUCUGGAACACAUUUGUAAUAACCAAGGAAAGGCUGAGAGACAGGAGUUUUCUGACUGUUGCAAUAUAAAUAACAAAGCAAGACUCAAGUGCUUCCUAUUAUACAAAAAAGAUGAUGCAGAUGACAGUGAUGUAUUCCAAAUUCCAAAUCCUGAGCAGGUCUGUGAGACGGACAAAGAGAAUCAAGUGUCAGUGAAGGAGAGGUACAUUUAUGAAAUGUCUAGAAAGUAUCCAUUCUUGUAUGGACCCACUAUUCUGACAAUGUCUGCUUGCUAUGAAACAGCUGUUCAGUCAUGUUGCCAAGAAGAAAAUAAAACUGAAUGCUUCCAGAUGAAGCUAGAACCCAUCAGAAAAUACAUUAGAGAAAUAUCUUGGAGGCAUCACCAUUUAUGUGAAAUUGGAGUUAAAUUCAACCAUAAAGUAGCAAAAGCAGUGGAAUUGGUUCUGCUGACUAAAAAACAACCGAAAACUAACUUUUCGGAAAUUGCCAGACUGGCCGUGUAUAUUAAAAAUCUGCAUCAGACAUGUUGUGAAGGAGAUGUAGUCGCAUGUGUACUUGGCAGGAGCCAGCUUAUGAACUAUACCUGUUCUUCACAGUCGAUCCCAUCCAGUAAAAUUGCUCCAUGCUGUGCUCUGCCUGUGCCGUUCCAAGGGGAAUGCAUUAUCAACUCAGAAAAUGAUGAUAAACCUGAUCUUCCAUCCUUGCCCCUCAGCAGAUUUACAGAAGAUCGAUUUGUAUGCAAACAAUUUUCCGACAAGCAAGACGACUUCUUGCAAGAGUUUCUUUAUGAAUAUUCAAGAAGACAUUCAGAAUUGGCAGUUCCGGUGAUUUUAAGAGUGGAUACAGUAUAUCAGAAUUUAUUGGCAAAAUGCUGUAAAUUAGAAAAUCCUCUGGAAUGCUAUAGCCAUGGGAAAGAGAUGUUCCAAAGAGUGAUUCGUGAAAGCCAUGAGCGUGUAAAAAAUCAUUGUGAUUUACAUGAGAAAUUAGGAGACGCUUACUUCCAUGACAGGCUCAUAAUCCUUUAUACUAAGAAGGCCCCACAACUAUCUGCGCAAGAGUUGGUUAUGUUCACGAAGAAUAUGGCAGCUGCUGCCACCAAAUGUUGCCCACUUAGAGAUGAGCAACAAUUUGCCUGCAUGGAGGACUUGGCAAAACUAAUUCUUGGAGCUUUAUGCAGAAGACAUGAGGCAGAGCCUAUCAAUGCUGGUGUGGGCCACUGCUGUGAUGACUCCUAUGCCUUCAGGAAGCCAUGCUUUGAUGAUCUGCAAGUUGAUGGAACUUACAUUUCUCCUCCUUUAUCCUGUGACCAAGUCAUCAGCCUUAAAGAGAACUUGUGCAAAGCUCAGGAGGAGGAAUUCCAAACUGAAAAACAAAAGCUCCUCAGCAAUCUCGUGAAGCAGAAACCAUACGCGACAGAGAUGCAGUUCCAAUCAAUUAUUGCAGAUUUUGCCCACCUGGUGGAGAAGUGCUGCCAAGCAGAGACAAGUGAAAUGUGUUUCCGAGAAGAGUUCCCUCCUCAUAUUUUCAUAGGCCCAACUCUCAGUGUGAAGCUGGUACCAAAGAUGGCAGCAGAAAUAAUGAAACAAUUGGAAGAUAACAUUUAUGAAAGAAAGGGAAAGAAUUUGAAGGUAUUGAAUAUAAAGAUAAAACUAGAACAUUUAAAAAAUAAUCUUGUAGUGUAGCAAAAAAUGUGGGAAUAGAUGAUCAAACUAUUUUAGAAUCUUAUCGUCAAGAAUUCUUGUCUUUGUGCUUCUAUGUUUAUGAAAGGAGUCUAGGUUUGACUCUAGUGCAAAGGAAUACCUAGAUACCCCAGGAACCCCCAUGCAACCAAGACCCCAGAAGUGAAAAAGACUCAGUCAAUUGGCAGUCUGGGCAUGUUCCAAGUUAUCUGUAAAAGACUAACUGCUCCAGGGGCCUACAGGCGUUUUCUUUGUUUUUGUUUCUGAGAUUAUAAUAGUCAGUUACGUGAACCUGUUCUGCCUAUUAAAAGAGAAAGUGGGCAGGUUUGAAGACUGCCUUUCCUGCUUUGGCUAUUGGGAGGAUAAAGCAUUUUAGACAAGAUGGAAAACCUAUUUUGAGAAGCAAGCCAAAUUCAAAGGAGAAAAAGGGUGAACUAAAGUCAAUGUUGGAAUGCUGGCAAGAGUAAAACCGAAAUAUAUAAAAGGAGAAAGAAAAGAAGAAACUCAGCUAUACAGGGUGAAUUCGGAUCAUCCAAAGAAGAAGCAUCUCACAUUUCAUGAAAUAACAACACACACUGUAGACAUCAGCAGGUUCAAGGAGAAAAUUCAGGUCCAAGGAGGAAUUCUCUUUGCCAGGUCAGUGGGAACGAUGAUUAUAGCCUGUGAUAUUUCUCUAUUAGCCAAUAGAAUAUAAUACAGAAGAAAUUAAACAUGAAUUAGCAGAAAUGUGUGCAGGUUGAAACAAUGCUUUGAAAAUAAUACGUGAAAUUUAGCAAUGGGGAAAAAAAGCAAGGUUCUACUUUUAGACAUGAUUUAACACAGGUUCAUGUGAAAAGAUCUGCUGGCUAAACAGCCUGAACUUAACAACUUGAUGGGUCUACUGACCCAGAGCUACUGCAAUCUUGGAUGUGUUUCCAAAGAAAAAGACAAAGAUCAGAUUAAGCAACGUGAUAACCCCAACCUAUGUAAACCAGGUCAUUCUUAGUUACUAUGCUCAGUUUCUUAUAACAUUACACAAGCUUUGAAAAUCAUAGAAGUAAUACAUGAAUAUGGUAAAAGCUCAAGCAGAACAGCAGGGUACGUUUCCCAUCCCCAAAAGGUAACCAAUUUUAAGUUUUCACUUUUAGUUCUCCUAGUGAUUACCAUCAUUGUUUUAUUUAUUUUUUAUUUUUAAAAUAUUUUAUUUAUUGAUUUGAAAGAGCAAGAAUGAGAGAGAGAGAGAGUAUGAGCAGGGCAGAGAGGCAGAGGGAGAGGGAGAAACAGAUGCCCCACUGAGCAGGGAGCCUGACACGGGGCUGGAUCUCAGGCCCCCGGGAUCAUGACCUGAGCCAAAGGUUGACACGUAACUGCCUGAGCCACCCAGGCACCACCAGCAUCACUUUAAUAGUUUCUUAAAAUAUUAACAUCACAUAAUGAAUAUAGUGUACUUGCACUAACUUCAGGAACCCUAUCUGUGAAUGCUGUCUUAAUCUGUUUAAGAGUGUUUUUAGUCAAAAAAAAAAAGAGUGUUUUUAGUUCUCUUAUUAGUUACAUGUUAUAUUUCUUGGCCCUUUAAUUCCAGUCAACAUCUAUUGGUUUUCCAAAACAUAGCUAAUAUGUCUAAACUUGCUUUGACUUCCUUGCAGCUUUUCUUUUUAAAGCUGUAUAUACCAUUACUUCUACAUUGUCUGAGUUUAUUUAUCUGCUUAUUAAAUGCAAGGUUUUUAUGCUUUGUUUGUAAGUUGAUGCUAAAAACUGGAAACCAUUAAAUAGUCUAUUUAAUUGUGUGUUUAUUUGCAAUAUUAUUUACAUCAAUACCACAAAUGGAUUGACCAACGGAAUGACUUACCAUUAAAAUCUCUUUCUUACCUACUAAGCUACAGAAAAUCAUGCCACUUUUAUUUAGUCUGGGACAUUUGGACUAUAAUUUCCUAGUAUAUCCUUCUGUUUUUGAGAGUUACCAAUUGUCUUUCUUUUCCUGUGUUGGCAAAUAAAGCAUCUACUUUCAUCACACCACUAAACUGUUUCAGGCUCUUAAUAAUGCAGUUUUUGUAAUAGAAUAUUCUGUUAUCUUAAAAGUAAAUUUCAAAAAGUCCUCUGGCUUAAUCUUCCAAUUGGAUCUAGUUAUUUCUAGGACUGAUUCAUGGCUGUCCACAUGGGAUCUCAUUUUAAUGUGAUCCUGGGUAAAUUGAAUUAUUUCUAAAAUACUAUGUUUUUUUCUUGGAGUAUUUUAUGUUUUGCUGGGCUACAUUCUUUUUUUUAUUGGGGUUCAAUUUGCCAACAUAGAGCAUAAUACCCCGUGCUCAUCCCACCAAGUGCCCCCCUCAGUGCCCAUCACCCAGUCACCCCGACCCCCUGCCCACCUCCCCUUCCACUACCCCUUGUUCGUUUCCUAGAGUUAGGAGUCUCUCAUGUUCUGUCUCCCUUUCUGAUAUUUCCCAUUUAUUUUUUCUCUUUUCCCCUUUAUUCCCAUUCACUAUUAUUUAUAUUCCCCAAAUGAAUGAGACCAUAUAAUGUUUGUCCUUCUCCAACUGACUUAUUUCACUCAGCAUCAUACCCUCCAGUUCUACCCACGUUGAAGCAAAUGGUGAGUAUUUGUCGUUUCUAAUGGCUGAGGAAUAUUCCAUUGUAUACAUAGACCACAGCUUCUUUAUCCAUUCAUCUUUCGAUGGACACCGAGGCUCCUUCCACAGUUUGGCUAUUGUGGACAUUGCUGCUAGAAACAUCGGGGUGCAGGUGUCCCGGUGUUUCACUGCAUCUGUAUCUUUGGGGUAAAUCCCCAGCAGUGCAAUUGCUGGGUCUUAGGGCAGGUCUAUUUUUAACUCUUUGAGGAACCUCCACACAGUUUUCCAGAGUGGCUGCACCAGUUCACAUUCCCACCAACAGCGCAAGAGGGUUCCCUUUUCUCCGCAUCCUCUCCAACAUUUGUUGUUUCCUGCCUUGUUAAUGUUCCCCAUUCUCACUGGUGUGAGGUGGGAUCUCAUUGUGGUUUGGAUUUGUAUUUCCCUGAUGGCAAGUGAUGCGGAGCAUUUUCUCAUGUGCAUGUUGGCCAUGUCUGUGUCUUCCUCUGUGAGAUUUCUCUUCAUGUCUUUUGCCCAUUUCAUGAUUGGAUUGUUUGUUUCUUUGCUGUUAAGUUUAAUAAGUUCCUUAUACAUCUUGGAUACUAGCCCUUUAUCUGAUACGUCAUUUGCAGAUAUCUUCUCCUAUACUGUAGGUUGUCUUUUAGUUUUGUUGACUGUUUCUUUUGCUGUGCAGAAGCUUCUUAUCUUGAUGAAGUCCCAAAAAUUAAUUUUUGCUUUUGUUUCCCCUGCCUUCAUGGUGUAUCUUGCAAGAAGUUGCUACGGCCAAGUUCAAAAAGGGUGUUGCCUGUGUUCUCCUCUAGGAUUUUGAUGGAUUCUUGUCUCACAUUUAGAUUUUUCAACCAUUUUGAGUUUAUCUUUUUGUAUGGUGCAAGAGAGUGGUCUAGUUUCAUUCUUCUGCAUGUGGAUGUCCAAUUUUCCCAGCACCAUUUAUUGAAGAGACUGUCUUUCUUCCAGUGGAUCGUCUUUUCCUGCUUUGUCGAAUAUUAGUUGACCAUAAAGUUGAGGGCCCACUUCUGGGUUCUCUAUUCUGUUCCAUUGAUCUAUGUGUCUGUUUUUGUGCCAGUACCACACUGUCUUGAUGACCACAGCUUUGUAGUACAACCUGAAAUCUGGCAUUGUGAUGCCCCCAGCUAUGGUUUUCUUUUUUAAGAUUCCCCUGGCUAUUCGGGGUCUUUUCUGACUCCAUACAAAUCUUAAAAUAAUUUGUUCUAACUCUCUGAAGAAAGUCCAUGGUAUUUUGAUAGGGAUUGCAUUAAACGUGUAAAUUGCCCUGGGUGACAUGGACAUUUUCACAAUAUUAAUUCUGCCAAUCCAGGAGCAUGGAAUAUUUUUCCAUCUCUUUGUGUCUUCCUCAAUUUCUUUCAGAAGUGUUCUAUAGUUUUUAGGGUAUAGAUCCUUUACCUCUUUGGUUAGGUUUAUUCCUAGGUAUCUUAUGCUUUUGGGUGCAAUUGUAAAUGGGAUUGACUCCUUAAUUUCUCUUUCUUCAGUCUCAUUGUUAGUGUACAGAAAUGCCACUGAUUAUGGACAUUGAUUUUGUAUCCUGUGCUGGGCUACGUUCUUUUUUCUUUUUUUUAAGAUUUUAUUUAUUUAUUCAUGAGAGACACAGAGAGGGAGGCAGAGACACAGUCAGAGGGAGAAGCAGGCUCCAUGCAGGGAGCUUGAUGUGGGACUUGAUCCCCAGACUCCAGGAUCACACCCUGGGCUGAAGGCGGCGCUAAACCUCUGAGCCACCCGGGCUGCCCAUGGGCUACAUUCUUAACAUAUACGUGCACAUGUAUGUUUGUGUUAUUUCCGAAUGGGCACUUGGGAGAUAAACUUUCUGAGACCUUGCAUUUUAAAAUAUUAUUUUGUUUAUAUAUUUGCACAGCGCUUUUGCUGAAUAGGGAUUCUUUAGGUGUAAAUCAUGGGCUCAAAUUCUGGCUAAGUAAAGAUUAGUUUAUUGAAAGGAUAGUGGUGGCUGCCGGAAUCUUUAGGAUGUUUGAAAAGCAGGCUGGGCAGCAGGCAAGAAGCAUAAGCAACUAAAAAAUCAGUGACUUUCUGCUCUUUUACUGCUAUGACAUAUCACCAUUUUAUUAUUCUGAGCUCCUAUUUUUGUACUUUGAAAUAUUGGUCAAUGUCAUACUGAUGACUUUCUCUUUUUUCUUUUUCUAGCAGUUCAUCAAUAUCUGUUACAUUGAUUUUUUUCUUUUUAGUAUCAAUAAGGCUUUCUUCUUUUUUUAUAUAACAAUUUUACCAUUAUUGCACUGGGAUUUUGGAAGAGAUGAGAGUCAAUACAUUUUAUAAGGACAGUGGUGAAUUGUUAUGUCCAGAGAGUAUCUAGAAUGAAAUAAGUAUUGAAAAGCAUGUCAAAGGGAUAUGGAGAAAUGGGUAAUAUUUAUUCCAAAAUCUUAGGAUGGGUGACAUGGCAACAGUCUAUCAACAUGUCCAGGAUUAUAAGAAAUCAGAGUGACUAAUUUGGGGUCUGUGUAAGGAAAAUGUUUCCUCUUUCUUUUCUGUGCUCUCUGCAUUCCAUCAUGUGAGUUCAUGUUUUCUAGUUCAAAGUCUUGCUUGGGCUUUGCCUCAAGAUAUAGAGUUAUCAUCCCUUAUUUCAUGCAGAACAUUUCUCAUUAUUAUAGUUGUUCCUCAGAUGCCUUUCUUCUACCCUACCUUUACCAGAAACUUCCCCCUUGCCCUCACAUUUGUUAUCAUUACAAAUUAGAAAUUUACUGAGGAAUUAUGGAAUAAAUAAAGUCAGGAAGGACGGAUGUGGAGAAAUAUGACUUACACUACUAUUGUUAGGUUCAGAGCCAAUGAACAAGAUUAAGUGUGAGGGUCUUGAGGUUAAGCUUAUUGGAAAACUUUCCAUGAAGAUGGAUUUUUAAAAGUCAUGGUGACCAAAAAAACAAGGAUACCUUAAAGUUCACAGCUAUUUUUAAAAGCAAACUUAAAAAGAUUCCAGUCUCUAGAUUAUUUAGAUGUGGUACUGUUUGAGGGUUGGAAGAAGGACUAAAUUAAUAGACUUCUAACCAUGUCCCACAGGGUGCUGGGAGCUCUUAGGAGUGCAAGUCAUCUAUCACCUAGCGUGUGUGUGUGUGUAUGUAUGUGUGUGUGCAGGUGUAUGUGUAUGUGCUAAUCUUAGCAGUGGAGUUCUGGGGCUCCCAUUCUCACUUCACUAAAGAUGAAAUAACUUUCAUUGAUCUCUGUGGGCUUCCACAAAUGACUUUUACUUGAAUAAAGACUAUAUGGUAAAAAUUGGGGGAAACUGAUGGGCUUAACAUAGAGGCCAAUACCAAUAUAUAUGAAGGCAGUAGAGACACUCUGAUCAAUGUUAGUGGUUUUGUUCCUCUUGAGUUCUUGCACUUGAUUAUACAAUGAUUUAGUGUGGGAUUAGCCUUGGGAAGUUUUAAAAUGCAAAGAGAAACUGAUAUAGAUUGUUUUUACCCUGUAGCAAAAGAGUCCCAUAUUUUUGUGAGGAAAAUCCACAUUUUAAAAUUCUAAAUCUGAGGUCCUGGGCAUAGAAGAGGUAUUGCAGUUAGUUAAAUCCUUAAGGUCAAAGACUAGGCCAUGAGAAAUCCUAAGACCUUAACCCACGGGCAUGUUAAAGCCACUUUCAGGCAUAUAACAGGUAAGUCUUAAAGAUUUUCUAUUUGGGGAUCAUAGAUGUUCAGGUGUUUUGUUUUGUUUUGUUUUUCUCUUUCUUACAGAUGUACUUAUUUGCUUUUUUCCCCCCCCAGGGAUCCAAACUGAUUGAAAAGUGCCAGUCUCUCUUGGGAGGCAAAUGAUCCCAGAAAAAUGUCAAUAUAGAGUCUUUGCUGAGAUCUGCCUUUUGUUUUUCAUGAGUAAUGAAACUACAAAUCAACAGCAUCAUUUUUCAGCUACUCACAAUGUUUCUCAGGAUACUAGCCUGGGCUUCACUAAACCCUCUUCUACUUAGCAGAGAAAUCUCUGUAUUGUAAUCCUCAUACAACCAGCUUACCUGCUUCCUUUCUCUCAUAAGCUCUCAGCUUCUCAAAAGCAGCACCAGAAAUAGGAAAUCAAGGGACCUUUCAAAACCUCAGGUAGAUGCAAUGGGCUGCCACAUCUGGCUGGGAGCUGGCUUCUGGGUUUCUAGAGUGAAAAAGACCCCAGUGCAGCUUUGAAGCUUCUGUCGAUAGCACUGCAGAAAAUGAUUAUUGAUUAACCGAAUUGAAUGUGCUUUAUAAUAAGUUACCUUUAUAACGGCUUUGACUUUUUUUUUUAAGAAGUAUGGAAGUGGGAAGGUAUUUGGAACCACUUACAACAUUUAUUCAUCCAACAGAUUUUUAGUGGGUAUCUGCUGUGAACAAGGCACUGUUCUAGGAGCUUGUGACCAAACAGAACAGAACAAAAUCCCUAUAUUCAUAAAGUUUACCUUCUGGUGCAGCUUGGUGAAAACAUAUGUCUCUUCUUCUUUUUCUCUCUCUUUCUUUCCUAUCAGUUAGUCUUGAACGAAUCAGGACUUUGCCUCAUCCCUUUGGCAUUGAACACAUUAUGAAAUCAAGAAAAUAUUUAACAUUCUGUUUGCCAAGAGUCUUUGUGUUAAUAGAAAAGCUCCAAAAGGUCAUGACUGAGGUGAGGAAUAGGUCCUAUUGGCCGUGCAUUGUCUCCUACAUGCUGGGUAAGUCUGCUUUUGUAACAACCAAUGUCCUAAGACAUGUAACUAGACGUAACUUCUGGCUUGUUGUUGUCACUGGCUGCAGUAAUAGCAAUUAGCAUGGCGCUGUGUGCCAGAUAUUAUUGUAAGUUUUUCCCUGUAAAAACUUAUUUGAUCCUCGUAACUCAUAAUAAUCUAAUGAGGCAGGUACUAUUAUUAACCUUCUCAUCCUACAGACCAACACAAUGAGCGCAAAGAGGUUAAGUAGCUUGCCCUAGUAUUUACAGGUGCUUUGGAACUAGAAUUCAAAGCUCAAGUUAAUAAAUUUAAGGGCUCCUGGGUUCCACUGUCAGCAUCACAUAUAUAGGGUAAAGAUAAAAGGUGGAGGGAUGGGAAAAAUGGGUUGAGGAGGUUGGAGGUGAAUUUAAAAAUUUAAGAAGAGAGCACACAUACAAAAAGGAGUUUACAAAUAUAUAUUAGGGAAAAGAGAUGUGAGAGAAAGAAUCAACGGACAGUAGAGAAUGUGAAAUUGAAUGAACAUGUGAGGAAUUCUUCCAAGGCUGAGGCUUUAGCUGCAGAGUCAAUGGUUAACUGGAGACAACCUAGAUAUUUGGUUAACUAUUCACAGAAAGUCUUCUCAACACUGUGAAAAGAAUAUCACCACAAUUAGCAGUGAGUGCUUCAGGAGGAUUUCUCUGGCACUGAGUUUUCAGAUAAUGAUGUUCUCUGACACGACAAAGUAGCCCUAAUGCACUAGUGAAGAGCCCAGUUGCUGGAGAUGGAUGGUCUAGAUUUGAGUUCUGCCCCGACUCACCAUCGUAUCCUUAUCCUUGUUGAGAUCUUGUUGCCCCCAACUACUUAAUUUUUGUCUUAAAACUAGCCAAACCAAAUCACUCACCGUCCCCUAAAACACCUCACACAGCACCACAUCUCUAUCUGUUCAAACCCUGCCCAGUUUCUAGUCUUUGACCAGGGCCACUUCUUCCGUGACUUUCCCUGGUGUCUAUUAUGACAGUGUGUGAUCUUAGACUCCUGUGCAUCACAUCACCAGUCAGCUCUGCUCUUGUGACACCAGAAGUUUGAAAUCUGCCCAGUGUUAUAAUUCCUUAUGUGUUUGUCUCUUGUUUAAAUCCAUUAGUUAUCUGAUUUUAGUACAUUCAUACCAUGCUCUGUAGCACCUAGCAAUGUAUGAAAUACAAUAGAAACUUAACAAAUGUCUUUUGGAAUCUAAUUUGCUAAUGUAUAAAAACAUGUCAAAAUAAGUGGAGUGCAGCUAAGAUACCUUUUAUGUGUAAAGUAUUAGUCCUAUAACUUCCACAACUGUCCACUGAAGUAGGUACUUCUAUUCCCAUUUUACAAAUGAGGACACAUAAGGAAUGCCAGAUUGAGGGAAUACGGUUUAGGGUGAGAUCCUAGAUUAUAGCAGUUAAGAGAGAGAACUCUGGAGCAUAAUUCAAAUCUUACCUAGCUCUUCUGCUAAAGACUUUAGCAAAUCUCCUAACCUCUCCAUGGCUUGCUCUCUUCUUCAUCUAUAAAAUUGGGUUGAAAGGGUAAUUUCUUCGUGGGACUAUAAUAAACACUAAAUCAGCUAAUAUAUAUAAACCUUAAAGCAUACUUGGCAAAUGGCAAGUAUUAUUAGUGUAAUAUGAAAUUGCUGCUUUUGUAGGUUAAAUUGACAAUUUCAGAUGGCUCAGCCUAAUAGGUGUUAGCUAUUAUUAUUUAAAAGACCAAUGGACGCCAUUGAGGGUUUUGUUCUAAUUGCCUCUUAUUCCUUUCUUUCCUUUCACACGUAGAUAGAGAGCAACGUAACAGUUACACCUGCCAUCCUUUCCACCUCAUCAACUGCCUUGAAAAUGGACUUCUUUCUCCUUCGUUUCCUGAAACCAGUGUGAACAGCCCUAAACAAAAUUCCAUAGCAACACUGCCUUACUGUUUCAUAUAGCCAAGAGAUAAUGUAUUUAUAUAUUUCAGGUAGCCAAGAGAUAAUAUAUUUACAUACUUCAUAUAGCCAAGAGAUAAUAAAAUAUACAACCAAAUUCAGGGAAACCAUAUAGUAAAGAUUCUACGUUUCUUUAGCUACUGAGUCAGAUUUGUGAAAAGGAGGUUUAUAUACAGGAGGUUUUUAGAAAAAAAUAUUUCAUGUAACUCAUUCACUCAUUCUUUUACUCACUGAUUCACUAAGUCACUAAGUCUUUUAUUCAACUGAUUUAUAUCAAGCACAUCCUAUACACAAGACAAUAUUAGGCAGAGUGAAGCAUACAAAGAUGAAUGCAAAAAGUCCUCUAUCAUUAAUAAGUAUAACAUGAUCUGGGAUUGAAUUUGAACUAAUAUGUAACUGGUAGUGAAAUAUUUGAGCUACCUAGAACAAGGAUAAAGAGUUGUAUGACAAAAGUUAAUAUUUUUAUAUUAUGCAAAGAUGCCUCUGAACAGAUUUUUGUCUGUUACCUAUUGCUAUGUAACAAAUUACCCUAAAAUUUAGCAGCAUACUACAAGAAACAUUUCUUUUCUCAUAUGUUUUCUGAGGAUCAGGAAUCCAGGAGUGGGUUAGCUAGAUUUUCUGGCUCAGGGUCUCUCACGAGGUUGUAAUCAAACUGUUAGGGCUGUUAUCUGAAGGCUUAAUGGGGGCCAGUACACGGCCCACUCAUCUGGCUUUGGACGGGAGACCUCAGUUGUUGCUGACUUUAGCAAAGGUCUCUGUUCCCAUCAUGCAGGCCUUUCUCCAGUGCUGCCCCCCUCAUGGCAGUUGGCUUCCCCCAGAGCCCGUGAUCCAAGAGAGUAAGCAAGGAGGAUGCCACAGUGUUAUAUGACCUAGCCCCAGAAUCACACACUGUCCCUUCUGCUUUCUUCUAUUCAUUAGGAUUGAGUCACUAGGUCUGGGCCAUGUACAAGGUGACUUCUAGGCCCAAUGUCUUUAUGAAUAUAUUUUAAAACUACCAUGGAAGUGAAGUUAAUGUCUUAUUUAAAAAUUUGAUAUAGCAAAAAAAAUAAAAAAUAAAAUAAAAAUAAAAUAAAAUAAAAAAAUAAAAAUUUGAUAUUUCUGCAUCUACUGGAACUCUGUGCUUGCAUGUUCUUGCUACUUUUUGUUGGUAGCUUUCAUAUUUUUAAAAGAUUUUAUUUAUUUCUUUUAGAGACAGAGAAAGCAUGAGCAUGGGGGGGAGAGCAGAGGGAAAGGGAGAGGGAAGGAAAAAGAAUCUCAAGCUGACUCUGCACUGAGUACAGAGCCCAAUGUGGGGCUCAAUCUUACUUACGACCCUGAGAUCAUGACCUGAGCCGAAACAGAGUCAGACCCUUAACCAACUGAGCCAUCCAGUUCCCCCAUUGGUAACUCUCUGAUCACAACUUUUCCAUUUCCUAAUUUAAAAGUAACAUGUGUUUAUUAUAGAAUAUUUAAUAAGCAUGGGAAAAUAAGAAAUGAUUUACCCAUAAUUCUAUAGCCCAUAUAUAAUCACAUUUAAUGUUUUCUGGUUUGUGUGUCGACACAAAUAUUAGUGUAUACACACACACACACAUAUUUUACGGCUAAGAGAUAUUUUGAAUUUUUGUAUGUAUAUUCUUACUUAGAUAUGUAAGCAUUUUCUUCUAUAUUUAAAGUUAAUUUGGAAACAUAAUUCUAGUGGCUGCAUACCAUUUCUAUGAGUAAAUGUUCUUUUCCUUCUUUAAUUAUUUUUU